AUGAGUAGUAAGAUUAUUUUGAGCUUUAAUCUCGUCCUGCUUCUCUUCUGGACUCAGAUCACAUUUUAUGAGGACAGAAACUUCCAGGGCCGCUCCUAUGAGUGCGACACCGACUGCCCUGACAUGCACCCCCACUUCAGCCGCUGCAACUCCAUAAAGGUGGAGAGCGGCUGUUGGGUGCUGUACGAGAAGCCCAACUACACCGGCUACCAGUACGUUCUGACCAGAGGAGAGUACCCAGACUACCAACGCUGGAUGGGCUACAAUGACACCAUCCGCUCCUGCCGUACCUUCUCCUAUACCAGCGAGGGGCCCUACUGCAUGCGCAUCUACGAGCGUCCCAACUUCCAGGGUCAGAUGAUGGAGUUCAGCGACGACUGCGAGUCAGUGCAGGACCAUUUCCGCAGCCGGGACAUCUACUCCUGCAAUGUCAUGGACGGCUACUGGACCCUGUACGAGCACCCCAACUACCGCGGCCGCCAGUACUUCAUGAGGCCCGGAGAGUACCGCAAGUUCAGUGACUGGGGGGCCACCUGCGCCACCACUGGGUCCUUCCGCAGAAUCACAGAGUUUUAAUCAGGAAUCUCUCUUGAUGCUAUUGAUUU